GAGAGUAAGUUGGGAAGGCCCUCAGACCGGGGCUGCCUCUUACCUACCACGGAUUCCAAGGUGGUUCACGGCCCAGAUGGCUGCCAAGUCCUGCUCCGGGGCUCUGGGAGAGAUGCCUCUGACCUUCCAGGAUGUGGCUGUGUACUUCUCCAGGGCAGAAGGGCAGCAGCUGGGCCCCCAGGAGCGGGCGCUGUACCGGGAUGUGAUGUUGGAGAACUAUGGGAACGUGGCCUCACUGGGAUUUCCAGUCCCUAAGCCAGAGCUGAUCUCCCAGCUGGAGCAAGAGGAGGAGCUGUGGGUCCUGGAUCUUCUGGGGGCUGAAGAAUCAGAAGCCUUAAGAAGUUGCCAGAGAGAUUCUGAGAUUGAGGCUCAGAAGGAGCUAUCCAUUUUAAACCAGAAAUGUUCUGGAGAAGUAAAAACACCAGAAUUAAUAUCACAGAAAUUCCCAAGGGCUAAGUCACAAACACCUGAAUCCCAGGAAGCUUGGGACCAUGAAGGUCAGGGAGAAGGAAACCAAGGAAGUUCUACUCAGAGUUUGAAGAGAGCUGCUAGAGAGGACUCUCCAGUAUGUAGAGAACAACUUCCAGAAAAUGGCCAGAUUCCUGCAUUUGACAGACACUUGAAUCCAAGCCAAAGUGUUGUUACAAUUCAAAGAAAUAAAACAGGACAGAGAGUCUUUAAAUGUGACAUAUGUAAUAAAACAUUUAAAUAUAAUUCAGACCUAAGUCGGCAUCGCAGGAGUCACACUGGGGAAAAGCCUUAUGAAUGUGGUCCAUGUGGGCGGGCCUUUACUCACAGUUCAAAUCUUAUUCUUCACCAGCGAAUUCACACUGGGAACAAACCAUUUAAGUGUGAUGAAUGUGGGAAAACUUUUGGGCUCAAUUCCUAUCUCCGUCUGCAUCAGAGAAUUCAUACUGGAGAAAAGCCUUUUGGGUGUAAUGAAUGUGGGAAGGCCUUCAGUAGAAGUUCAAGUCUUAUUCAGCAUCGUAUAAUACACACAGGAGAGAAACCUUACAAGUGUAAUGAAUGUGGGAAAGCCUUCAGCCAGAGUCCUCAGUUAACUCAGCACCAGAGGAUUCACACGGGAGAGAAGCCCCACGGGUGCAGUUGGUGUGGGAAGGCCUUCAGUCGAAAUGCAAGCCUUAUUCAGCACCAGAGGAUUCACACAGGAGAGAAGCCCCACAAGUGCAGCCAGUGUGGCAAAGCCUUCAGUCAGAGCUCCAGCCUCUUUCUUCACCACAGGGUUCACACUGGGGAGAAGCCCUAUGUGUGCGGUGAGUGUGGAAGAGCCUUUGGCUUCAAUUCCCAUCUUACUGAGCAUGUGAGGAUUCACACUGGGGAGAAGCCCUAUGUGUGCAGUGAGUGUGGCAAAGCCUUCAGCCGCAGCUCCACCCUCAUGCAGCAUCGCAGAGUCCAUACAGGGGAGAAGCCCUAUCAGUGCACUGAGUGUGGGAAAGCCUUCAUUCAGAGUUCCCAGCUCACCCUACACCAGCGUGUUCACACUGGAGAGAAGCCUUAUGAGUGUGGGCUCUGUGGGAAGGCUUUCAGCCGGAGAUCAGCCCUCACUCAGCAUCAGCGGAUUCACCUGGGAGAGAACCCACAGGAAUUUGAGUGUGGCCCAGAUUUUGUGUAUGACUCCAGCCAUCUGUCCACUGGAGAGAGACGUGGUAGGGCCUUCAGCCACAGUGCAAAACUUGUUCUCCAGUGGACAAUUAGAAGUGGUGAAAAAUCCCAGGGAUGUAAUGAGUGUGGGAAAACUUUCAGCACCUCCUCACAACCCAUGGACUACCAGAAAAUUCAAGCUGGGGAGAAACCCUGUAAAUGCCCAGAAUGUGGUAAAGCUGGUAGUGGAGUGUCAUCCCGUACUCAACAUCAUGUAACUCGUGUUGGAGAGAAACCACAAUUGAAUGAUGGAUCUGAAAGAUACUUAAUUCAUAUCAAAAAGAUUUUUCAAGAAAGACAUUUUUAAUGUGAUAAAUGUGGAAAACAAUUUAGAAACUUUGUUUUAUAUUAGGUAGAAUGGCAUAAUGAAAUUGAAAGAAACUA